CUAUAUAGUUGGGAUUCAGUGUGGGUCAACCUGACCUUGAUGUCGACAUUCUCUCCCUGUAUACAGUUAAUGUGGGGCUGUUUAUGCCUACCUGAAGUGUGGUACGACGCCACUCUAUGUUUUUUUACAGGUCUAACUAUAUGCCCGAUGGAUAUAGAUAUCUAAACAUAUAUAAAGCUGGUAACUGACAGUCGCCGCACAACCAGGAUCGUCUCCAUUUUAGGAGCAUCACAAAUUGGGUGUCAGAAGGCGACCAACGAUGUCGUACAAGGUGGAGACUGUGUUGACGAAUGUGGCCAGGGUCGGGGAGGGACCUCACUGGGACGACGCUACUCAGACGUUGUUGUUUGUCGACAUCAUCAACGGCCAGAUCUUCAGAUACAACCCCGUCACGGGCACCAACGACAUGAUCCAGCUUAUUACAGAUGGAACUGUAGGGUUCGUCGUGCCCCGCAGUAAAGGGGGUCUGGUGGUGGGACUAGAUCUCACCUUCUCAGCUGUUGACUGGAACACCAAGACCGUCACCAAGCUGGCGGAAGUGGACCCCGGAAAAAGCAACAACAAGAUGAAUGAUGGGAAAUGUGAUCCAAAAGGACGUCUGUGGGGAGGUACAUAUAGCAAAGAAGCUGAGCAAGGCAACCUGUACUGUUUGGACAUUGACGGUACACUGACCAAGAAGGUUGAGCACGUGACAGUCUCUAACGGCCUGGCGUGGUCUCCGGACAACACCACCAUGUACUACAACGACUCGAGACCACACAAAGUGUACGCAUUCGACUACGACAUCAACACUGGAAAUAUAUCCAAUCAGAGGGUGGCUGUAGACUUUGACGCCGUGCCGGAGUUUAAAGGCAACGUCCCCGGCCCUGAUGGCAUGACUAUUGACACGGACGGCAAUCUGUGGGUGGCUUGCUUCCGGGGUGGAAUGGUAGCCAAAUUUGAUCCCAAAACAGGGUCAUUACUCCAACAGGUUUCCCUGCCUAACGCUACCAAGAUCACGUCCGUGGCGUGGGGAGGGAAGAACCUAGAUGAGUUGUACGUGACAAGCUUGAGAGAAGGAAUCCCUGACAGCGAGUUCCAGACAACAGACUCGCUAGCUGGGUCGUUGUUCAGAGUUACCGGACUUGAUGCAAAAGGCAGCCAAGCUAAUAUCUACCAGGGAUGAGGGUAGCGAGCGAAGAGGAACAGAAAUCAAUUAAAGACAAGCAAACUCUCAA